CACUGAUCCUACAAAGAGCAGAGCAGCGAACUCGCGGUGCGAAUAAGGUAAACGAAUCUCCGCCUGCUGCAUAAUCCAAUUUCUGAUCACCUCCCGGUGAACUUCUCUCUUUCGGUAACACCUACAGUGGAUCUGGUCACCGCCGGUGAUCUUACGCUAGCUGUUCCUCGUCUCCCACCUUUUUUUCCCUUUGAAAAAAAAUUAGGGUUUUCUUCAACCUUCUCUCUUCAUCGACAUCACCAGUUCGAGUCCAUCGCCAUACUUUCACACGGCGGUUUUACUCUCCACAUUCAUGGAGGCCAGUAGGAGCGAAGGCGAUGACUUGAUAGUGGACUAUGUGGAAUGCCUCAUGUCAUUACCUACCAAUGCCCGUUCAGUUGAAAACGAGAAUUCGGUCCUCCAAGUAUCAGUCCCUCCUGAAGAACCUUCCCGUAUUCCUAUAGGAAUACCAACCCAACCUAAAGAUUUAGUUCAAAUCACCACGGAAGACUCUAAGCUUGAGCCAUUCUUAGGUAUGGAAUUUGAGUCUGACGAGGCUGCAAAAACAUUCUAUAAUGACUACGCUCGUCGUUUAGGGUUCCCGUUUCGUGUUGGAAGGUCUCGACGAUCUAAAGGUGUUGAUGAGGUUCUAAUUAUGAAGAGAUUUGUAUGCUCAAAAGAGGGAGUGUAUCGUAAAAAGCCUUCUGAGGAGACCUCAAGAAAGCGUGAGAGGCUUUCCAUGAGAGAAGGUUGCAAGGCAAUGAUGGAGGUUAUUCGGGAUUCUGAUCGUUGGGUGGUAGCUAAGCUCGAGAAGAAUCACAACCAUCAUCUUGGAACUUGUAGUAGAGUUGGUUACCUUCGAGCGAGAGGCUUCAUUGAUACUAAUGAGAAGACUAGCAUAUUGUCGUCUGAUGCUAUGAUACUACUUCGUCAAAAUGCAUUUGGUGAAGGAGGAGAUGCUCAGAGCCUAUUAGAUUAUUUCAAGAAGAUGCAAACAGAUAAUCCCUCAUUCUUUUAUGCAAUACAAGUUGAUAAUAACAGUUGUGUGACUAAUGCAUUGUGGGCAGAUGCUAGGGCUAGAACAGCAUAUAGCUAUUUUGGGGAUGCAGUUACAUUUGAUACAACUUAUAAGAAGAAUAAGUAUAUGAUGCCCUUUGUUACUUUCUCAGGAGUGAACCAUCAUUUGCAACCGGUUAUCUUUGGAUGUGCUUUGUUAAUAGAUGAGACUGAAUUCUCAUUCAUUUGGCUUUUUGAAACAUGGCUUUCAGCAAUGGGAGGCCGACCCCCUAUUUCUUUAGUUACUGACCAAAAUAGAGCUAUGACCGCAGCAAUUGCAAAGGUAUUUCCAAAUACUUGCCAUCGGUUUUGCAAGUGGCUCAUUUUGAGUAGAAGCAAGCAAAAAUUAGCCCAUGUGUAUUCCUCUCAUCCUACUCUGAGAGCGGAGCUUGAAAGUUGUGUUAUUGAGUCGGAAACAAUUAGGGCAUUUGAGACUUGUUGGGUUUCUAUAAUUGAUAAGUACGACCUGAGGAAGAAUACUUGGCUCCAAGCAUUGUUUAACAUCCGACAAAAAUGGGUCCCAGUGUACUUAAAAGACACAUUCUUUGCUGAAGUAUCUCCAACCCAGAAGUUAGAGACAAUGAAUGACUUCUACAAGAAGAACUUUAGUACCAAGACUUCGCUUAAAGUAUUCCUAGCACAGUUUGAAAUAUAUAUGGCAAGCCGAUAUGAGGAUGAAGCCCAAGCAGACUUGGACACAAUGUGUAUUAAGCCAGUUCUGAAGACUGCAUCACCGAUAGAAAAGCAAACUGCAGCUAUUUAUACAAGAGCUGUGUUUGAUAAGUUUCAGGAGGAAUUUGUUGAAUCUCUAGGUUAUAAUGCUUACAAAAUAAAGGAUGGGUUAGUUAGCAAGUUUAGCGUGGCGAGAGAUGAUGAUUCUCUUGAAACAUUCAUUGUUACUUAUAAUUCUGGUAAAAAGACCGCAACUUGCAGUUGUAAGAAUUUUGAGUUUUCAGGGAUUUUGUGCAGGCACAUUUUGGGUGUGUUUCUUAUGGUUGAUCUGCGGAUGCUUCCGGAAGAGUACUUCUUGAGACGGUGGACAAAGAAUGCCAAGAGUGGAACCCAAAUUGACGAACAAAGUUCUGAGGUUCAGAAUGGUUAUCAACAAUCCGUUACAUCUCGGUACAAUGAUCUUUGCCAAGAUGCCAUUAAGUGUGCAGAGAGAGGAGCAACAUCAGUUGAAAUAUACAAAGCUGCGAAAGAUGCACUGCAUAGGGCCUUCACUGAAAUUGUUUCUGUUGAGAGAAAUUCUGGUAGAGGAGCGCAGCGAGAUGCAAUCAACAUUAAUGAAGAAAUUACAUUAGAUGAAGCAAUGGGUGACCAAUCAUUACAUGAUCGGUCCUUACAAGAUCCUGGACGAAAGCCAGUGAAUAAUUUACUCGGGCAGUUUUUGGGUACCUCCUGGUCACCUAUGUGAGGCACUGUAAAUAAUUUACUUGGCAAAAGAGUUCGCAUCUCUGAAGCUAAAUACUUCGGCCCUGGUCAGUUUCUGGUGCAUAGCUGCUCAGAUCGAAGAAAAUCUGAUGGUGGUCGCCCUAAGAUGAUAUCAUUGCUAGAAGUAUAUUCAUCGAAGCUUCAUGUCUGUGAAAUGAUACGUAUAUUCCACACUGUUGCAGGUGUUUUCGUUGACACGGAUAUAUUAUUGUAUAUUGGUUAAGGUAUCAUAGGGUGAAGUAAUUUCUGUUUCUUUUUUCUUUUUCGGAAAUGGCUUCUUUGUUUGAAGUCGGGUUUUAUUGUACAUUUAUUUAUCUCAAAAGAGUAUGAAGAGAAGGCUUCAGGAAUUUGCA